CCGCUCGCGGGCGGGCGGUGACUGUGGGGCCCGCCGUCGCCCAGGAGUCUCGGGCUCUGCUGCGGACGCGCCUGGGCUGCGCGGAGAGGCCAGGGCCCGAGAGCCGCUUGCCCGAGUCUCGGUUUCCUCAGCUGUGCAAUGGGACCAGGGGCAGCACCGCCCCCUAAGCGGGUCGUGAGGAGGAUGCAAACCCUCGCGAGGACGGGCGAGGGACCCGGGAACUCCAUUUCCCAGAGCGCCCCGCGCGUAGCCAGAGGGUGGGGACUCCAUUUCCCAGAGCGCCCCGCGCGUAGCCCGAGGGUGGAGUCUCCAUUUCCCAGAGCGCCCCGCGCUGCCUGGCGCCCACCGGACCCGGACGCCGCGGCCUGUUCCCGGAGCCGGGGCGGCGGGCCUCGCCCGGACGGCUUUCAGGCGGCGACGGCGGCGCGAUGGACAGCCCCGAGGUGACCUUCACGCUGGCCUACCUGGUGUUCGCCGUGUGCUUCGUGUUCACGCCCACCGAGUUCCACUCGGCCGGGCUCACGGUGCAGAACCUGCUGUCGGGCUGGCUGGGCAGCGAGGACGCCGCCUUCGUGCCUUACCACCUGCGCCGCACGGCCGCCACGCUGCUGUGCCACUCGCUGCUGCCGCUCGGCUACUACAUUGGCAUGUGCUUCGCAGCCUCGGAAAAGCAGCUCUACUCCCCAAGCCAGGCACCGGAGAGCUGGCGGGUCUUCCUCCUGCUGGCGUUGGCGCUGCCCACCAUUGCCUGCAGCCUGAUCUACUACUGGUCCCGGGACCGCUGGGCCCGCCACCCGCUGGCCCACACCCUGGCCCUCUAUGCCCUUCCGCAGUCAGGCUGGCGGGCCGUGGCAUCCUCCGUGAACACCGAGUUCCGGCGGAUUGACAAAUUUGCCACAGGGGCACCUGGUGCCCGUGUGAUUGUGACGGACACGUGGGUGAUGAAGGUGACCACGUAUCGUGUGUACGUGGCCCAGCAGCAGGAUGUGCAUCUGACCGUGACGGAGUCCCAGCAGCACGACCUCUCCCCAGACUCGAACCUGCCCGUGCAGCUCCUUACCAUCCGCGUGGCCAGUGCCAACCCUGCCGUGCAGGCCUUCGACAUCCGCACCCCCUCGUGCAGGCUGAACUCCACGGAGUAUGGCGAACUGUGUGAGAAGCUCCGGGCGCCUAUCCGCAGCGCGGCCAAUGUCGUCAUCCACCAGAGCCUGGGCGACCUGUUCCUGGAGACCUUUGCCUCCCUGGUGGAGGUCAACCCGGCCUACACGGUCCCUAGCAGCCAGGAUCUGGAGGCGUGCAUUGGCUGCAUGCAGACCCGCGCCAGCGUGAAGCUGGUGAAGACCUGCCAGGAGGUGGCCGAGGGCGAGUGCCAGCAGUGCUACUGCCGCCCCAUGUGGUGUCUCACCUGCAUGGGCAAGUGGUUCGCCAGCCGCCAGGACCCGCAGCGCCCCGACACCUGGCUGGCCAGCCGUGUGCCCUGCCCUACCUGCCGUGCGCGCUUCUGCAUCCUGGAUGUGUGUCCUGUGCGCUGAGCCCACCGAGGGACCCCUCUGCUGCCUCAGGGUAGUUGGGCCUCUGGACCCUCGUUCGGACUGCCACUGGUGGCUCUUCUCGGCGUGACCACUGACCUGUGUCCUGAGGCUGCAGAAAGGCUGGGGCUUUGGUUUUAAAACGUUUUCUGUUGAAGUUCUGUCUCUGGCAGUGGGAGAGGUCCUCAGAGCCUCUGUUUCCUUCACUCUUUGUUUUUCUGAUCAGGGGUAGGUGCUGGGCACACAGAACGUGGUGUCAGGUUCAUCUCCAGAGCAUUCUGGGGCUCCCCGAGCUGUGUUCUUGGAGACCCCGUGGUCUGCCCCAGAUGGCCCUAACUGGAGCCACUUGCCUUAAAUGUAUGGGGCACGUACAUGUUAACUGCUCCUUAGUUCCAUGACAGACCUGGAUUUGUCCAAGACUGCAGUCUGUCCUGCUCCUGUCCCCAAGCCGGCCGCAGGCCCUGUGACAUUGGCACCUUCCACUCCCCCACAGAGGCUGCUCUGAGGACCUGAGCAGAGCUCAUCGGUGGAGGGCGAGAGCGCUGCACAGGGCCUCCUGGUGACUGUGACCAGCCAAGGGCCCACUCCUGGGUGGGGUGGCCCCUACCUGCUCCCUGCCCACGGGCACCCCAAGCUUCCCAUCAGGGGCUGGGUGAGGGGCUGGCUGCUUUCAGCUGCCAUUCCCUUAGCUGCAAGAUUGUGGGGGAUGCCCACCCCUGGGAGGGGCCUGUAACCUUGUGCCUUCUGCUGCUCCCAUGAGUCCAGGGAAAGGGCCAAGUCUCAGACUUCUGGUAGCGAGGGCACUGAGUUGAAGACCAAGUGCCACAGCAACGUGCUGUGUGCGGACAACAAGCUUGCUGGGACUCAGCACGAGACUGGCCAUAGCCCUGCAGGCUCCACCCACUUGAGAAGGGACGUGCCCAGCAAUCAGGGCAAUGGCAGCCGUCUUCUCAGUUCCACGUGGUGCAGGCGGGGAGUGGGGAGGCACAUGCCAGGUCCCUGGGUACAGCUGUGACAGAUGUGACUGUUGGGUCCUGAGAACUCUAAACCUGGUCAUUCUAAGCAGGGGAGAUGGGCUCAGCUGGCCCAACUCACCCGAGGCUGCACCAAACCCCCAGGGGUUUGGGAGCGAGAAGGCCCAGCUGUGUGGUGCUCGAGGGCACCCACAGAUGAAGGCCACCAGAGGGACAGCCGGGAGCCAUGCCCGGCCUCAGCCUGGAGGGUUAAACCCUGGCGAGGGGGGGCCGGGCCUAGGGUUAUUUUUCCUACGAAAGAAAGCUACUUACUAGUUUUAUAAAGAUAAAUCUAUUGUAGUGAAGUGAUAUGCUAUUUAAUAAAAUGUUAACA